GCAACUUUGGCAAGAUGGCAGAUUCAGCUUCCUCUUCUCGUUUCGUUCCAGUUUCUGACGAAGAGAAGGCUCGUCUUCUAGACGAAGCAGUACCUCAGAAAACAAAGCAGGCAACGAAGUUUUGGAUGUCUGUGUUCAAAGACUUUUGUUCGGACAAUGAAGAUGCCCGAAAACUUCUACAGGAAAAGGACGCUGACUGGAUGAGCAUCGAAGAGGAAACAUUAGCCUCUUUAUUGGAGUCCUUUUACUGCUGUGCCAGGAAAAAGGAUAAAACUGAGUACAAGCGUGCUUCUAUGAUUGCAGCCAGAGGUGCUAUCCAGCGCCAACUCAAUAUCUUCAACAGAGGAAUUGACUUGAAAAGUCUAAAGUUCGACCGCGCCAACAAACUGCUCGAUGCUGUUCUCAAGGACAAAAAGAAGAAUGGUCGAGAGGCCCCGGUCACGCACAAGGAGACGAUUUGCGAUGCAGACGGGGAGAAACUGUCCGGGUAUUUCGCAGACGUGAGCACUACUCUUGACGUAAAGAAGCUCACUCAGUACGUGUGGUUCAACUGCACGAUCCAUUUCUGUCUUCGUGGAAACGAGGCACAAUCCCAGCUCAAGCCAUCCGACCUCGUAUUCACGACAAUCGCUGGUGAGGAAGCCAUUGUUCUGCACGCUGAUUAUAUGUCAAAGAACCAUCAGGGUGGUCUGACAGGGAGCCAUACCGAGACCAGCGGAGCAAUCACAAGAUCUGAUAUGAUCGCUGUUUUCCGAAGGUACCUGUCAAAGCUCCAUCCAGAAAUGGAUCGUCUAUUCCAGCGGGCAAAGUACGGAAGUGGAGUGCUCGCCAUGGACUGUGAUGUUUGGUUUAUGAAGUCGGCACUUGGACACAACACAUUGGGAAAGAUGAUGAAGGAGAUUUCUUCAGCCGCUGGCCUUGGCCAGACGUACACUAACCACUGCGUCCGUGUUACUUCUAUAUCCCACAUGAAGGCCUCCGGAGCUGAGGAUCGCAAGAUCUGCACCGUAAGUGGUCAUCGCAAUGUGCAGUCACUUCAGGCAUAUGACCGACCGACGGCAUCGGAUGUCAUGGCUUUGUCAAAAGCAAUUGACAAGGAAAAUGUUAGUCCGCAGACAUCACCAGCACCUGUAUCUGCUUCACCCGUGUCUGCACCGCCUGCUGCUGUCGCUGCUGCUGCAUCAUCUAGUCCUUCACCACUGGGCUCUCUGUUCUCUGCUCAAGGCUCAACUUGGUCGAAUGUUACUAUCAACGUAACUCCACAGCUGCCUGAGAAACGUAAGAAUCGCCCGAGUUUGAAAUUGAAGAAGAAGCCAAAGAAGGAGCAUGAUGAUGAUGAUAAGUGAAUUUUUGUAUCUCUUCUUCUUGUUGUGAUCUCUCGUUCUAUUACUCUACGCUCUACUCUAUUUUUCUGCAUAUUCUCCUAUUCAAUCCCUAAAAAGUGGUUUUUUAUAGCUACAGGUUUUUUAUAGCUACAGGUUUUUUAUACAGGUUUUUUAUCACUGGCAGGUUUUUACAGCCAUGUUUUAUAGCUACAGGUUUUUUAUUGAGGUCUAUACACGAUAUAAACAACUUGCAUUCAUCACAAAAAUAUGCAGAGGUUUUUAUUAGUAUAUUUUAAAGUCAGAUAGUGCGACAACAAGGCACAAAACUGACAAGGAUAUUGAGACAUUGGACGACCUGACACCUAGC